AUGAUGGAAGCCUCCGAGCAUGGAAGCAUCACGGGCGGUACCGGUGAUGGUGGAGGUGGCAGUAAUGGGAGUGGACACACAUCGUCCUACGAGCCGCUCGAGGGACGUCGUACCUUCGACACCUCCGACAGCCCCGAGCUGGAUGGCGGAGGUCCUCCUAAGGACCGCAGGCGGUUAGUGUUCUUCGCUCUCAUGACCGCCGGUGUCGGAUUUGUGCUUCCUUAUAACAGCUUUAUAAUCGCCGCCGACUACUGGCAGUCGCGGUUUCCCGGCCAAUCCGUUGCGUUAGACAUGUCGAUGACUUACAUCAUCGUCGCACUAGCGACAGUUCUGCUGAAUAACGUGUUCCUCACGCUAGCGCCCUUCCGGAUCCGGGUAGCGUUCGGCUACGCCGUGUCCUUCACGACGCUCGUGUUCGUGGCACUGUGCGAGGUGGCGUGGCACAUGUUCACCGCCAAAACGGCCUACUCCGUGAAUUUGGCCGCCGUCUCACUUGUUGCCAUGGGCUGCACGAUCCAGCAGUCGAGCUUUUACGGGUUUGCGAGCAUGCUCCCAAAGCAGUACACCCAAGCCGUGAUGGCCGGCGAAAGUUUGGCUGGAUUCCUGGUUUCUUCCAACCGGGUCGUCACGAAGCUGUUGAUUAAGAGUGACCGCGCCUCGACGGCCAUCUUCUUUCUAACCUCGACCGUGUACAUUGCGUUCAGCUACGUGCUGCACUCGAUCACGACACACUCACCGUUCGUGCGGUACUACAUGAAGGCCUGUGCCAAAAUCGUCCUGCGCCCGGACGACGAUCACACUCUGAGCGAAACCUUGGAUGGUGACAUAUCGAGCACUCGGUAUGGGGUGUUAACACUCGAUUCCAGCCCACCAGUUCACAUGCCACCGGGUUCAACGGCUCUAAGCUUUAGCAAUCCGGUGUAUGAUUUAUCAAACCCAACGGCUACUGAAACGGUUCUGGAAACGAACAUGACGAAUCUAACGUCGACUACAGGUGCGACGACGCGAACUCUAACAGCAACGACCGCACCUAGCUCAGACGUCCCAAACGUCGCGUUCAAGGUAGAACACGUGAUGACACCAGACAUCUGCAGUUCCGGCCGAUUCGGCAGCUUUCGUAGUGGACUAGAAUCGCGCUGGAAAGUCGCCCACGCCAUCUACCCAUACAUGGCGUGCAUCGCUAUGGCGUACUGCGUGACACUCUCGCUCUACCCUGGCAUCGAGUCAGAGAUCAUCUCAUGUAACCUCGGCACCUGGAUGCCGGUACUGCUGAUGUUCACAUUCAACGCAUCCGACGUAGCCGGCAAGUUGUUGGCAGCUGUCCCGUACAGUUGGUCCCGUCGCCAGCUCAUCCUGAUGUCUGGGUUGCGCGCGUUGUUGGUACCGCUGAUUCUACUCUGCUGCUCACCUCGGGAACAGCCGGUUAUCGCAGGUGAAACGGCCGCAUUCAUCUUCACAGCCGCGCUUGGUAUCACGAACGGACUAGCCGGUAGCCUUCCGAUGAUGCUCGCCCCGGAUAAGGUGUCCGCGACUCUGCGUGAAGUCACCGGCAAUAUGAUGACGCUGUCAUACAACAUCGGCCUGACGGCAGGCUCUCUGGUUGGGUACGUGUUCGACGCCAUGCUUGGAGCACAGCUAGAAAAUCCCUGCCCUCAGUACCCGUACGUACCGCCAAAGCCCAACCAACCUCCGACAGGGAUGGGCAUUAAUGGGACGCACCCGCUGGUCGGUAGUGGAGGUACCAGUAGCAGCAGUACCAGCACAACUGUGGCCACGCUGCUCACAACACUAACGGUGGCUGUUCUGCGCAGUACAACCGGUGCACCGGUGGAAACGAGCAACAUAUCACCUGUUUCGUCGACCGGUUCGACUCCAGUCACCGGUUUGAGUACACUUCGGAGUGGACUGGACAUGGUUAGCUCAACUAUAGGCUCACCUACGAUGACACCCGCGUACCACGCGAUCGAUGGUGCCCAACUCGUGACGGCGGCAACAACUCUGCUUUAUAACGCCACCAGCGCUCUUGUGGAUCCUAGCGCCGGUCUUGAUUAGACCACCAAGGGGAUGUGGAACCAGUUAUCAGCAGCUAUCACAUCGCUUCGUUUAGAAAUGCCCACAACCAUGCCGUUAUAUAGCAGGACUCUUGUGCGCAUUGUGAUGCCGGUAGUCCCUUUAUUGUGAACUUUCUCAUUUCCCCAGAUCUCAGUAGGCACACAGGCUAACGUACGGAACGGUGGGGGGGUAUUGUAUUUGGCAAUGGAACUUCCAGUCCGGUGUAUCCUUUAGCGUUCCGUCCCGUUGACGUUGUGGUGGCGCUAAAACGCACCCUGGAAGCCAUGAAAGAUCGCAUGCACGUUGGUUCAGUUUCUGAGACGAUCGCGCAGGUGCUUGUUUCCGGUGUACUCAGAAAGCAAAAUUGUUGUAAGAGGACUCUUGCAAGCAGUGUUUCUAAUUUCUGCAUCGCACGCGACGCCGUUGGGAAGCGAAUGAAUAUGUACAGGCGAUAGGGCAACAUCCAGCACCCAGUGGACGUCCGCGGUCAGAUACCAAAGAUAUUACAAAUGUUUACCGGUCGCAUCGCGGCCAAAACCGAACGGCAAAGCAAACGCAACCGAAGCUGAGCUCAUAUAAAACACACUCACACGCAUUCAAUAACAAACUUGUGACAGAAUAAAAACGGUGUAUAAUAAAUGAUAAUAAUUAAUGUA